AUGCUGCUGAGGUCAACGAGAGUACAGUUAUUCUGUUACAGAACAAGUUGGUUAUCAUGGCAAAGAGUAAAUCAUGUGAAUCAGAACCCAAAAGAAGUGGGUCCAAAAGGAAGAAGUUGAAUUCAAAUGAGAGAAAUGUCUGCAUUGAUGAAAGCAAAGUGAAAAAGAAAAGGAAAAAUACUUACAUUGAGGAGGCUCCUAUACCAGUCCCCACAGUGUCAAAGAAUACUUCAGAGGACGUGGUGACAAAUUCAAAGAAACGCAAACAACCAGCAGAUGAUGCACAGAAGGAAAAGAAGCAGAAGAAGAAAAACAAAACUACUGGGAGUCCCGAGCCAAUCAUAGUCCCAGCUGCAGCAGAAGAUGAGGAGGAAGAUAAAGUGAUGGAGGGAGAGGAGGACUUGAGUCCAGAGGAGAGACGAGUCCUCGAGAGGAAAAUGAAGAAGAUUCUGAAAAAGGAGCAAAAGGAUCAACUUAAAGCUGAAGGGAAGACAGAAGACAAAGAUGAGGCCUCCAAACCCAUUGCUCCCCAACAGGCGCUAGACUACCUUACCUGUUGGGCUGAGAACCGUAAGGAGUGGAAGUUCCAGAAGACCAGGCAGACGUGGUUACUACAGCACAUGUUUGACUCAGAGAAGAUCCCAGAUGAGAACUUCUCUGUGCUUCUGUCUUACCUGGAGGGGCUGCGUGGGGGGGCCAGGGACACCACCGUGCAGAAGGCUGAGACAUUGGUGCGGGAGGGGGAACAGGACACAGAUGCCCAGCAGAGGAUACAAAGAGCUAGGGAAAUCAUCCAGCUGCUUUCCUGACAAACCACUACCAUUAUUCUAGAUGAUCAAUCAAAUACCACCACAGCCCCACCACCACACUCAAAGGGAAUAUUCAGUUCACUAGAAUCUUAUCUGCUGGUUCCUCAAUUAAUGCAGUGUGUGGUAUAUUCACUGUGUAUACAAAAUUAAAUGGCAAGCAUCCAUGGUUGCUGGGAUUUUGAUACCAAUGAAUUCCAUAUUAUGUUCACACAUCUGUUAAGUAUUGUGAUGCUGUACGUUUUGUUAUGACAUGAUGUAAUGUGAAUAGAUCCAUGGUUUCAUGUAAUCAAACUUGUCAUUUGCCAGUAGAUGAGUCAUUUAAAGCUGCAAUAUGUAACUUUUUGGGCAACGCUGCCAAAUUCACAUAGAAAUGUGAGUUAUAGAUCUGUUAUUUGCAAUGAAAGCAAGUCUAAGAAGCAGUAGAUCUGUUCUAUGUGCGCUAUGCUUCCUGUGCUUAAGUUUCGGUUUUUACUUUCAGUUUUGUACACCAGCUGAAAAUACAAUAUUUUGGGUUAUGGAAAAUGUUUCACAGCAGUUUAGAUGGUACAAUGAUUCUCUACACUAUACUUGCUUGUUUGGUCACAUAAACUGAAAUCAGGAAAACUAUUUGAAUUUUAGUAACCAGGAACUUGUGCAUAGUGCCUCUUUAACCCUUCACAGUACUCUAUUCUAAAGCAGAUUGUUAAUUUUGCUGGGGGAAGAUGGGCCGUUUGUGCUUCAUCUGUAUCCUCAAUGUGAGGUAGCCUUUUUAACAGUUUGUCUGGCUAUAUACAGAAUAUA